AUGCCACACGAUGUACACGGCAAGCCCGUCGUCGCGGCCGCCGUCGCUGGCGCACUAUUCGUCUUUAUGCUCCUCGGCUUCGUCGUCGAGUCCGAGCUGACCCAAUACGUACAAACGAGCCUCGGGUACCGCCAGCCCUUCUUUCUCUUCUACGUCGUGCAUUCGGCUUUUAUCGCCAUCUUCCCCGCCCACUUCCUCUACCUCGUCCUCAUCCGCCGACAUAGCCCCCGCGCACUCUUGACAGGCCUAUCACAAGCCAUCAAAGGUCACCUAGCACCGAAGGGGACCAAACGCGCCAGUGCACUCACAGGACCGUUCCCGAGCUACAAAUUCUUCCGCCUCGCAGCCCUCUGCACGCUCGGCGCCACUGUACCAGCUCUGCUAUGGUUCGGCUCGAUCUCCCUGGCCAGCAUAUCCGACGUCACGGCCAUAUGGAACACCAACGCUUUCUUUGCCUACGUCUUUACAGUCCGACUGUACAAACUUCGUUUCGAGCGCCGUAAACUCUCCGCCGUCCUGCUUGCCACGAUCGGUGUACUGCUUGUCGUGUACGGCGGAGCAUCAGCGGGCGAACCGGACGAGACAGCCGUGACGAAGAGGACGGUGUACAGCGCGCCUCUGCUGGGCGAUGUGCUCACGCUUAUCGCGUCAGUCGGGUACGGCUUGUACCAGGUCAUGUACAAGCGCCACGCCGCUCUCCCCUCCGACCCCGAACCUCUAAUCACCGAUCCGCCAUACGAGCGCCUAAGCAUCGACUCGGACGUCGCAUCGCUCGACUCUCCCGCGCGUUCGACUCAUUCGCUCGUACCUACCCCGGCUACGGAGGACGUCAUCGAGUUCACGGCCGCGGUGCCUCCACCGUUCGGACUGCAUCCAAACUUAUUGACGAGUGCGAUCGGGCUAUGCACGCUUGUGUUGCUCGCGCCACUUGUACCGCUGCUGGACUGGGCGGGGUACGAGGAGUUCAGGCCGCCGCCGAAUGCGUGGACUACGCUGUCGAUUGCGGGGAUCGCGGCUAGUGGGGUUGUGUUCAACUCGGGACUCAUGGUUCUGUUGAACGUAUGGGGCCCGAUCGUCGUGAGCGUCGGCAACCUGCUCACCAUCGUCCUCGUUUUUAUCGCCGACAUAUUCUUCGGCGCGGGUGCGAGCGCCGUCACACUUGGCAGCGUGCUCGGUUCUGGAUGCAUCAUCGGUGCAUUCGGUAUUCUCGUGUUCGAUAUGCUGCGGCCGGCGGCAGCAUAG